CUUCACAAUAUAUUACUUGCCCUUCUGUUGCUUGCCAUAACCCAAGUCGUUCGUCUGUUGGUGCCGCACAUUUAGCCGACGCUUCAGUCUGUAGGAACUUCGCAGCGUAGACGAACUAGGCCUUCAUAUAUACUCUGCGUUUGCCGUGGACCUCGCCAUUCGCGUCCUCGUCGUUGGGCUUCGUAGCACCAGAGGCGCCAUCCGCAGGGUUUCGCCACCAUGGUGAAAGUCCAGAUAGAGUUCAGCGGCGGCCUGGAAGUGCUGUUCGGCAACAAGAAGGAGCACGACGUAGAUGUUCCGGUGCAGGACGGGCAAACGGAGCUUACAGCUGCGCACCUCAUCGCCUGGACAAGAGACAACUUGUUGCAAGAACGACCUGAGCUCUUCGUCAAGGGCAGCUCUGUGCGACCAGGGAUACUUGUGCUCAUCAACGAAUGCGAUUGGGAGCUAAGCGGAGCUACGGAGUCCGCGAUUAGUGAUGGAGAUCACAUAGUGUUCAUUUCAACACUUCAUGGUGGCUGAAGCGCAAUUCCAAGAGGAAACGUAGUCAUCAGUUAACUUGGUCGUUGCCUUCGUCGAAAGGUUGUGGGAAGUGGCGUGGAGCUGCAUGCGUCGCAUCGUAGCGUUACCCCUCUACGCUAUGGUCUUCUCCUCCAUCUUCUGCAUGAGUACGAACGUACGCGUAACUGCUGACGCUACAGGCGUUACGGACGCCUAUGGGAU